AAAUAUCAUGGACAAUAUGAUGGAUAUGAUGGAGAAGUAUGCCAAUAACUUAGAGGAUUUGGUGGACGAACGGACAGCAUUACUUCUUGAGGAAAAGAAAAAGACAGAAGCUUUGCUACACAGAAUGCUUCCAAAAUCUGUGGCGGCACAGUUGAAGCGAGGAGAGCCAGUCAUACCCGAAGCUUUCAACCACGUGACUAUUUACUUUAGUGACAUAGUCGGUUUUACGUCCAUGUCUGCCGAGAGUACGCCAAUGCAGGUAGUGUCGUUUCUAAACGACCUGUACACCGUUUUCGACGCCGUUAUCAAUUAUUACGAUGUGUACAAGGUGGAGACAAUCGGUGAUGCCUACAUGGUAGUCAGCGGUCUUCCAAUUCGAAACGGUGACCAACACGCUGGAGAAAUAGCGUCCAUGGCACUGGAACUAUUAGAUUCUAUAAAAAGUUUCAAAAUUCGACAUAAACCAGACCAUUUAUUGAAACUACGUAUUGGUAUCCACACAGGUCCUGUUGUGGCAGGUGUUGUGGGACUCACUAUGCCCAGGUAUUGUUUGUUUGGAGAUACAGUGAACAUGGCUUCUCGCAUGGAGUCUAACGGAGAAGCUCUAAAGAUUCACGUUAGUCCAGACUGUAAAGAGUACCUUGAUAGACUUGGAGGUUACAUCUUGGAGAAAAGAGGGGUGAUACCGAUAAAGGGUAAAGGAAACAUCAACACGUUCUGGUUGCUAGGUUGCAAACAUUGUCGGGAACCUCUCGAAAUCAAGCUUCCUCAACCACUCUUUAACACAACCUGUGAUUCCGACAGUAAACCUCGAGGCUUGAGAAUGCCAGGAAACGAGAUUCCAAGACGAUGUUUCCAUGUGGGACGUAGGGACACCAGCCCAGCCUCAAGAGUGAACGACAGUGACUCUUUCCAAGGUUCAUUGAAUCAAAUUCCGGCUUUCCUGAAGGUGAGUGAAAACAGUCCAUGCUCAAAAAGAAGCCUCAGUUCUAGUAGAGGAAGAAUUUGCCGACUCAACGACGAAACUAACAGACAAUCUUAUUGCAGUAGCUAUGGAGACAUAUAUAAUUGCUCAAUACCUGACCCACCCUCACGAAAUAGAUCUUCAGUUCCUUGUUCCUUUCGUGAGAUAACGCCAAACGCUGUGGAUGGAGACGCACUGAAAUCAAAUGUAGAACAAGAAAACAAAAAACUUUUAAUGAAAAACGGAAUCGUUAACCUAAACGAAAGUCACAAGCCUCUCAUAGAGAGUAGUAACAGUGGUGGCGACGACAGAGGGUCGUUUGAUGGCGAAAGAAGAACCCGAUUCAAAGGACCCCUGUGUGAAAAGCCGUCUAGAAGGUGGCUUUCUUAUAACGAUAUAAUAUAUCCAUCGGGAUCGAGUGGCACGUUGAAAGGAUUUUUUGCUGGACUGUUGGGACGACGCCAACAACAACAACAAGCAGAUGUUCGGCGUUGUUCAAACCCCGCUGAAGAAACAAAUAAACUUCGAAGUGAAAGCGUUGUGGGCGAGACUGUUGUGUAAAUAUAUGAAAUUAUUGAUGGUAAACUAUGAUAUAAAUAAAAUUGUUAACGUAUCAAACAAAGCUUAUCAUUUAUAAUCGCCCACCAAUAUAUCAUAUGUAGAAGAUAAGACUUGUUUUUGACAUAAAGUUGAGAUUUUAGUCCUAACAGUAAUAAAACAAGCUAAAGUAUAUCAGUAACGAGCCAAGCCAAUAACGACUGUUGUAUAAAGUUAACUAAGAAGAAGAAGAAGUCAAAGCCACCAAGAUCCAAUGUACAAGAAUAUAUUCAAAACGGUUGUGUUGGAUGGACAUCCAAGUAUUUAAGAUAGAGCAUUUGUCUAUGGUGAAAUUACAAAACUUACGAUCUCGUGAUAAAUUUUAAAGUAUUGCUCUGAUUGUCCUAUUUCUUUAUGGAUUUAUUUGUGUAAGAAAAUUGUUUUUUUACAAUUAUGUUGAGUAUUACUGAGAUGUAUUCUAUUACAAAUGAAAUACCAAUGUUAUUAAAUCAAUGCAGAAUUGGUAGCAUUUAAAAUAGAAAAUAGUAGGCAGGAAUUAUUUUUUUGAAGUGAGACCAUCUUUUAUUAGCUCGUUGACCUGAAGCGAUUAUACAACUAAAAAAAAAAAAAAGGUAUAGUUCUUGGGUAACCAAAGUAUUCUAGACAAACAAAAG